AUGCCUGAUCUUCAAAUAGCAACUGGUGAUAGAUUUCGUGAUAAUUGUUUAAAAUUACUUUAUAAAGCUUUAAUUGGAGACCAAACAAAUAUUGACGAAGUGUAUGAAUCCCGACUAGCGGAAAAAGCAAGGAAAAUUGAACACUACAUCCAUCGAAGUUGCGACUUCACUGUCAACAAAAAAUAUAAAGAUACAACACGUAGUAAAAUUUGGAAUUUGAAAGACAAAAAAAAUCCUGAAUUACGACAAAAUGUGGUUGAAGGAAUAAUUGGCGAAGAGGAAUUUGCAGGAAUGAGUUCAGAGGCAAUGGCAUCCAAAGAACGAAGAAGGGCAAAUAAAAUAUUACGAAAGAAUUCUCUCGCACAAUCAAUUGCUGUGGUAGAAACAAAAAGUUCUCGAGGUUUAGGAUCAAAUAAAAAUUAA